AUGGGCACCGGGAUUCCGCAGGAGGCCAUAGGUGCCUCUGCUGCCGUCCUGGUAUACUCAUUCCUAUGCCUAAUCUUGGUCACCUUACUCAUAUGUAUGCUUUGGACUUAUGGUGAACGAUGGACAUACGUAACAUUUCUUGCCGAGUUCUCUGCAUUGAGCACACUUGGUUCCAUCGCACAGCAGAUACAUUACAACCGUGAUUGGCUCCUUGUUAAACAAGAUGAUUAUGAGACGGCAUUAAAAGCUGUAGAAUUGCCAGCUUUGGGUCUUUCGGGUGUAGGGAAUGAAGUCGAUCUUAUACUAUUUACAAUUCUCAGGGCUGUCAAACUCUUCUGUGGUUCCUGGGAAAUCCGCGCCAACUUCCUUGGUAGCUGGCUGCGAGAAAACAUAUCCUUUCUCUCCAAGAUAUUCGCAGUCAUCAUGCCGGGCAUUCUUGUAGGCUUAGGAAAAGCUCCAGUUGUGCUGAAAAGCCCUAGGGCAACUUUUAUUCUAACUAACUUCACAAUGCUCGUAAGCUUGUCGAUUGGCAGUAUCCUCAUGAUUCUCAUUCUCUACAAAUAUAUCAAAACACGGCGACUCCUAUUUGCCCACGAUAAACGUAACGGUUGGUGGGGCUCGAGUGGUGCAGCGACAGCGACUGACACAACGGGCACCUGCACUGUAAAUGGGAGUGGCAAUGAUAAUUGCAAAGCAAGUCGCCGGUCUCUUUACGAUCGUGCACUUAUCACUCGGUUUACCAUUGGUUUCGUUAUUCUUCUGGCCCUUGAAGUCGUAUUAAUCAUUUUUUCCUUAUACUCCUCACAAAAUUUUCAAAAGCUUGCGAAAUCAUCAUCUCCCGACUUCUCUGUCUCCAGUUGCAUCAUUGAUAUUGUCCUCUUUAUACCUGGAGUUACGACAUCAUUCUUAGUAUUUCUCGUGUUCGGAACCAACAAAUCUCCCAGACAAUAUAAAGAUUUAGUCGUUAGCGUAUGUGGUCGUCGUACAAAAUUCCCCAAAAGCAAAAGAAGAGGCGUGAUGGCAUCCGGAAAUGAGGAACAGGGCACCGAAUUUCAAAGAUUGCCUAGCGUGUCCACCAAAGUCCUCGCGCUCACGCCGGAAGAACAAGCAGUAGUAGAAGCCAAAACGCGGGGCAUGUUAUUUGACCAACGGACAUCUAUCGGGACACAAUACACGACAUACACGGCGCAAACUGGGAAAAGCAGACCAGGAUCAUCAGUACACACUCAUACACGCACUUUGAGUCCCACAACCGGUAGUUUCAAUUUCAGUCAUCCAGCAUCAGCUAGAAACGAAUUCCGAUCCGUGAUACCCAAGGAGGAACGUGAUGCAGGGGAAGCGUGGGCGAGACAAAAUGAUUUGGAAAUCGGAUUGGCGUUGGAACAAAGGUGGACGGAUAAUGCAUAUCUAAAGGAGGGGGAUUCAGCCGGAAAUUCGACUGCGGGGAAUACCAUGUUUCAUGGAGAUCUCGGUUCCAUGCCACAUCGGAAUUUUCUCCUGGAUGAUAGUGAUGAGCAUGAGGGAUGGACGAGAUAA